AUGGGUGUCUGGGAGAACCUGCAGGAAGUCAAGUUUGGAAACCGUCUGGACAUCAGAUACCAUAAAGCAAACACGCACAGCUCAUGUCACAUCUCUGGCUUUGUUACAUUUGGAAUGUUCUCUGGGACUGUACUUUGUAUUCAUUGUGUCUUCUGUUCUACACCUUUCAGCUCAGGGAUAUGUGUGUGCAAGACGGGAGUGUAUGGACCGAAGUGUGAUGAAUGCCACCCGGGGUUCUUCCACUUCAGCAGCACCGGCUGCCGGCCCUGCCAGUGUCAGAACUACACCAACUACUGCCAUCCACAGUCGGGAGUGUGUUUGAGCUGUGAGGGCAACACCCAGCGAUCCAACUGUGAGGAGUGUAAGCCUGGUUUCUACCGCAGCCCGGGAAGUGCCCUGACCGAAGCCUGUGCACCGUGUCCCUGCUCCAACUCCACCUCCACCGGCACCUGUCACACAGAUCCCAGUGGCUUCCCAGUGUGUGAGCAGUGCCUUCCACGGUACAGCGGCCCACAGUGUGACAAGUGCAGCGCCGGCCUCUACAAAGCUUCUGGACUUUGUGUUCCAUGUGACUGCAGUGGGAACGCAGACACUCAGGACUCUGCCCAGCUCUGUCACCCCGACACCGGCCACUGCCUCCACUGCAUCAACAACACCGCCGGGCCCCAGUGCCAGCUCUGUGCUCCGGGCUUCAUAGGGGACGCCCGAGCGCACAACUGCACCCGUCCAACACCCCGACUCCUUCCCACACCAGCACAUAAAACCACAACAGAGGCCCCCACAUCAAGUACAUCUACCCCCUCCACGACCACCACCAGCACUACUUUGACCUCCGCCCAAGCAAGAGGCGUCCCAGCAUCCACGUCCAGCAGCAACACAAGCACCGCGCUGAGCACUGCUGCCACCACUCAGGCAUUGUUGACCAGCCUGAGCAGCCCCACUGACAACACCACAGCGGCCCUGACGGAUGUCUCCUGGACGCAGUUCAACAUUAUCAUCCUGGCCGUCAUCAUUCUGGUGGUGCUGGUGCUGCUGGGCUUUGUCGGAGGCGUGUACACCUACCGGGAAUACCAGAACCGCAAGCUCAAUGCCCCAUUCUGGACCAUUGAACUGAAAGAGGACAACAUCAGCUUCAGCAGCUACCACGACAGCAUCCCCAACGCUGAUGUGUCAGGCUUACUGGAGGAUGAGGCCAACGAGGUGGCGCCCAACGGCCAGCUGGCACUUACCACGCAAGGCAACUGCUACAAGGCUUAGCCCUCCAUCCAUCCCUAAACUGGACACCUUAGAUAUACAGAUGACACAAAGCUGCUGGAAAGUACCAAAUCCAAAGCUCCUUCAUGUAUGACUGCUUGUUACCAUGCUGGUCUGCGGCACUUCACAGCAUAGUGAGGUCAAGCAGAUGCGAUCAAAGCUAUGGAAAAGAGACACAGAGUUUUCCCUUUUUGAUAUGAUUUUGUGUGGAAUGGGCGAUCAGUGAAAAGAGUCCAAAGAGAAAAGUGUUUAGUUUGAGUUGUGCCUGCAGAUUAGAUUGGUAUUUGGCAUGGCGUUGGACAGGUGCAAAGCAUACACCUGUUGGCUGAAACGAUGAUACUGACACUGGUUAGAGGACUAACAGGAGCCUAGCAUUUCAGAUAUUUUUAAAAGUGGACUUUUGACUGUUUAAGUUAUAACUGGAUCACUUGCACAGUGAUCUUAAACUGAGACAAUGAUUGUUAUUUAAUGAAUUUUUAUUCUGUUCUUAUUUAUUGGUUGACGUUUCAUUCUUGGGAGAAAUGCUGCACAUGUAUGGUGUGUUUAUUCAUGGUGUUUUAUCUUACGUGCUGUCGAAUGGUAAUUUUGAAUUGGCCAAUAUGUUUUAUGUAUAUUUUGUGUGUUUUGGAGAGAAUCAUAGGGGAAGAUGAAGGGGGCUGGCGCAAGCAUUUUAAUGACCUCAUCUUUUGUUUAUAGGUUCCUGUCUUUCGUUAAAGAGUGCCAGCUCACCUGAAGUAUCUACGAGGAGUGUUUCUUUUAAAGAAACUGCAACUACUGUUUAUAAACUCUCACCUCUUGCCACUACUACAGCGUAGUGACUCAUACUGGGCUCGCUUAAACCACCAUAAUCUACUUGUAAUCUAAUCUGCUCCUUGCUGACUACCUCAGCAAAAAUUGAACAAACCAUUUGAAAUUUUUUUCACAUUUAUGUAGAGGUUGGGUUCUGUGACUCAGUCUCAGAUGAUAAGAGCGUUUAAAAACUUAACAGUAUUGUAGUAUUGAUACUGCUGUUGUGGAGUGAAACCAGCCUGCACACGGUCAGAUUUCCUCAGCCCACUAGUCAUUGUUAUCAACUACAAUCAAGUUGCAUCAGCUAAAACGACGAGUUGCUUUCAAAGCUUCACACCUCAUCCUGGACACGGAUCCCAUGUUUUCUGUGUUGUUAGGCUACCAUCGGUUGGGUGCAGUUAAUUUUACCACGGUGAAUGAGUAAAGCGAAUUAUGGAACUAACUCCUCAGGUACUGGCUCUCUCCCUAAAGUGAUCACUGUAAAUAUGAUUAUUGUACAGAUGAAUGUGAAUAGUAGCACUAUUAUUGUACAGGUAGAAUACUGUGUGUACACUGUCACUUAACAAGCUCACAACCUUUCACUCUCCAGGGUGUGAGGUUGCAGUCAGCCCACAGCUUUUUGUAUUUUUAUUUUUAGUUCUUAUUCUCAGUGGACUUUGCCAUAUACGCAGCUGCGGGACUAAAAUGCACCACCCAGAACUCAAAGCAAAGAAUACAAUUAUGUAAUUAAUACCCCAAAAUCAGAGCUCAAAUAAAAAUGGAUUUAACUGUC